AAUAAUCAGUCAAAAGUUCUCAGAAGUCAGGAAUCGAACUGAUGAUGCAUUGUCUAAUCCUCCAACCACAGCUUCAGGGGAAGACAAAAAGGUUAAGUUUUCUUUCCGAAAAAAAACAGAUCUCUCUGCAAGGAAGAGUAGUUACUCAAAAACAAGUGAGUUUACUGGGAAAGGAACUGUAAAUAAGCAACAAGUAAGAAUGGGUAUCAGUAAAAAGUUCUCGGAAGUCACAAGAAAGCCUGGUAUGGACGCCAGCAAAUGGUUGAAGCUGGAGGUUUGGGCAGAGGAAAGGUUAAAUGAAGCAAAUACCAAAGGGACGUUACUGGUAUUAGAAAACCUUGACCCUUCAUUUGCGGCUUCAGAAGUUGAGGAUAUUGUUUGGCAUGUUUUUAGAGAAAAUGUUAAGGCAAAGAUGGUACCAUCCACUGCCUUUUCCAGCGUACGCUCUGGACAAGUACUUGUAAUUUUCAAAACAAAAGAAGCAGCAGAUAAGGUCAUGUCAGAAUUGCUCAAUGGUUGUCUUGUGCUUGGUGAUGGAAGGCCUAUUGUUGGUCGAAGAAGAUUCAUCAGAAAAGUUGGUGCUGCUGACAGGUUUGUUGGCCAUCUUAGCGUUGACAGAGGCAGAGCUUACAAGCAACGCAAAGAAACGAGGGAUGCAGUGGCGACGUCACACUUCUCCCAGGACAAUACAGUCGAGUUUGAGAUGGCUAUUCUGUGGCGUGAACUUGAGGAAAAAUCACGGAGGUGGUGGGCAGCGUUGCAAGAGCAACAAGGCAAAGAAAUUGAACCUUUGAUGAACAGGUUGAAGACCCAAAACAUGUGAGUUGGUUCCAGAUGAGCUAUUUUGGUAGUCUAAUGUAAAUUUUUGAAGAGAGAUCAAAUUAAGGUAGGAGACAUUGUAUCACUCUAACAUGCAAGUAGUAAUAGUUACGGUAUAUAGAAGAGACUAGUUGCCUUGAUUCUUGUCUGAUUAACUUGCCAGCCUUA